AUGUUCUUACAAAAUAUUUUGAGUGUUCUUGCUGUUGCGUUAUUAAUUGAUGCUGCUCCAGUUAAGAGAUCCCCAGGAUUUAUUGCUUUAGACUUUAAUGUCAUGAAAACUCCUGUUGAUCAAAAUGAUCCAACUGUUAGAGCUAAAAGAUCACCUUUGUUUUUAGAUAUUGACCACACAGGAUUUCCCGUCGAUGAUACUGGUAGAAAUGAUGUGGUUAAAAGAGGACCUGUUGCUGUUGAUUUGGACAAUGAAAUUAUUACUUAUGCUGCUGAUAUUACUCUUGGUUCAAAUAACCAAAAGCUUAGCGUUAUUGUUGACACUGGGUCUUCAGACUUGUGGAUUCCAGAUUCAAAAGCUAUUUGUAUUCCAAAGUGGUCUGGACAAAAAGGGGACUUCUGUAAGACCAAUGGUUCCUACACCCCAUCUGCUUCCAACACUUCUAAAAAUUUAAAUACCCGUUUUAACAUUCAAUAUGCCGAUGGUUCUUACGCCAGAGGUAACUUGUAUCAAGAUACUGUUGGUCUUGGUGGUGCUUUUAUUAAAGAUCAAAUCUUUGCUGACGUUUGGUCUACUUCUGCUCAUAAAGGUAUUUUAGGUAUUGGUUUCCAAAAAAACGAAGCUACUGAGUCUAUGUAUGACAAUCUUCCUAUUAGUAUGAAAAAACAAGGUAUUAUUUCUAAAAAUGCUUAUUCACUUUUCCUUAACUCCCCUGAAGCUUCUACUGGACAAAUUAUUUUUGGUGGUAUUGACAAGGCCAAAUUCAGUGGCUCUUUAGUUGACUUACCAAUCACUUCUGAUAUGAGAUUAAGUGUUGCUUUAAAAUCUGUCAAUGUUUUAGGACAAAAUGUCAAUGCUAAUGUUGAAGUACUUUUAGAUUCUGGUACUACCAUCAGUUACUUCCAGCCAAGUAUUGCUCGUAACAUUAUCUAUGCCUUGGGUGCUCAAGUGCAUUUUGAUUCUGCUGGUAAUAAAGUUUAUGUUGCUGACUGUAAAACUUCAGGUACCGUUGAUUUCCAAUUUGAUAAAAACCUCAAGAUUUCCGUUCCUGCUUCUGAAUUCAUUGCUCCAUUAUACUACACCAAUGGUGAACCUUAUCCAAAAUGUGAAGUUCGUGUUCGUGCCAGUGAACUGAAUAUUCUUGGAGACAACUUUAUGAGAUCAGCUUACAUUGUCUACGAUUUGGACGACAACAAGAUCUCCAUGGCUCCAGUUAAAUACACUUCCCAAUCUGAUGUUGUUCCUAUUAAUUAG